AUGCUCAGCUUUCUUUUGCCAAGUGAUCUACCAAGCCAGGUUUUCUGCAAUACCGCCAUAGAGUCCGCCCACGCAGACAAAGAAGUGGCGACCAUCAAGCAAGUCCACACAAAGGAUCAACAGGUGGAAGCCUUGCGCUCGGUCUUCCAAGAAAUUGACAGCACCCACUCGAGUGAGAUGAGCUUUCAGGACGUGCAAGAUGCCAUUUCGAGUGGUGAGCUUUCCAGCUUUAUGGAAGCCAUGGGCAUCUCCACAGAUGACAUCUGGACUUUGUGCAUGCUUUUGGACGCCGACAAGAACGGCCGGAUCGACUUAGAUGAGUUUGUUUCGGGCUGCAUGCAGUUGCAUGGACCCGCGAAAAGCUUGCAGUUGGCAAAGAUGAGCAUGGAAAAUAAGUUGACUCGCAGGGCGAUCAGGACCCUCACCGAGGAGAUGUUGGAUUUGAAAAGUUCUUUGAGGGGCACAAGAUCUGCCGCCGCCCCUCGACGAGAGGUGUUCUGA